AUGUGUUUGGGCUGCUCGCAUGCACCCGAAUACCAAAGCGGCGAUUCGCGAGUUGUUUUUUACUGUAGCCGUGAGUGUCAGAUGGGAGACUGGCCAAAUCACAAAGACUUUUGCAAGAACAUGCAGAAACGGAAGAUACUGCUCCGAGCUGCCCAGAUACUAAAGGCAGCCAUGUUAGCAUACAGAGAGACCGUAUACGACGUGGAUCUAACUAAGAUCGAGUAUCGAGACGGGGUCCUCUAUCUCCAUCAAAAUCAAAGACCAGUUUCGUCUCAAUCCAAACGCGGGCCCUUCCCCAACCACAUGACUGACAACAUCGAGCACAAGGAGGCGGCCCUCGUUAAGAGCCAAUCUACAGCAGCCAUGGCGCUCUUGGGUCCCUUGACCAGAAAAUUACUUCGAGGUAAAAGGCCAUUAAUAUAUGUACGUACCGAAGCGAGCCGUGGCUAA